AUUCUUGCUAAUGGAGAGCCCCUUAGGGGAGGGACAAGGGCCUCAGAGCCGGUCCAUAUUAUUGUCACCUCCACGACAGGGGGGUAAAGGGGGUCAGCGGCAGCGCAAUCGGGCUCCAUCUCUUGGGCUUGUUUCUUCUUCGAGGUGAUAGAGCAGAAAUGACAGAGAAGAUCAUGACGACGCGAUGAUGGGGAAAGGUUGAAACCUGCCUGAAAGGCUGGGGUUGGGCAUCCGUUUUGUUUCUUUUCUUUUUUGUUUUCCAGUCUUCUUUUUCUUUUCUUUUUUUUUCUUCCUUUUCUUCCCUCUCGUCCCAGCCCUAUGCAACGGUUGGUGGUGUUCUCCCCUCAUCGCGUCGUCCGCGUCCUCUCAUCUUUAUCAGGACGCGGCCUAGUCUGAUUGGCUCUCUCUGGCGGUGGACUAACAGUAGGAGAUGCACCACGAGGAUCUUCGCUGCUGCUGCGGCCGUCGUUUAAAUAUUCCACCUGGAUCUCUUUGCUUUUUCCUUUGCUGUCGCCAGUGGCAUCCAUCCAGCGACAACCACACGGACGCCGUGGCUGUCCAGCAGUUCGUGUGCUGGGAAAUUCUAUUGUCCCGCAUGCAGGGACAAUACAGAGUACUAAGUCAUGGAGACAGUCCUACCACAAUACAAUUGAUUCUUUUUUCUUUGUAUCGUCCUCUUUAUUUCGUAUUCAUUUUCUCUUCCGGUCAUCGCUCCUUGGGGACCUUCUUUCCAGUGUCUGCCGGUCUUGCGAGGCCGUGGGCAUGGCAUGUGACUUCCUCCAAACUCAACUCCUUUUUCGGAGAUCACGAGGCAGAUCCGAAAGCGAUAAUCAAUAAUGAUGAGCCAUUCCCAUCGUCCGAGUAUACGAAUCGGGAGCCGGUGUACGGAGGAGGAUACAUAAGCUUGUCGAGAACCAUGAAGAACCGCAAGCGACUGGGGAGAUCCGCGGAAGGGGAGAGGCUAAUCAGCAGGGGGAGCCCGAGUCUGGCCAGGGACUAUUACUCUUGCAUCAUGGAUCCUAGCCAGUCGGAGUGCGCGUGCCCCGGAUUUGAACCACCUCGGACGAAGGGGAGAUCCGGAGAAAGGUUCAGCUUGACACCGGCAGUCCCGUGCGCGCCGACCUACUAUGCCUAUGGACGGAGGAGUCGUGUGUACUACACAGUACAUACAUGCCCCUAAGCACCUUCCCUACUAAAUGGAGAAUUUGCCAACGGGCGGCAGAGUCCGACGGUCGGCUGAAAGGGUCUACGGGGAUAGGCUCUGACUGAAAUUGUCCAGUUUACUCCGUAGAUAACAGCGCGGCAUCUCGAUCAGCUCAGGCGAUUCACGGAGUAUUUGAGUCCGACAUGCUCCUGCUUUUCCCCGUGGACGGGUGGUGCGAUGGGCGAAGACGGUAGAGACAGGCUCCGAAUCG